CGCCGGUGAGAUGUCCCGUAUGCGUUUGGUUGCAGCCCAAGCUUGGCUCAAGCUUGCUCAUUCCCAAUCCUAUGUGGAGAACAUCGAAGUGGACUGGUAUCAGUCCAUGACUUAUAUCAUCUGCGAUCCUUGUCCUCAAGUUCGAUCGCGUUUUCUGAUGAAACUGAAUCAAGGGUUAUAUCGUUUGCGCCUUCCGCUUGAAUACAUGGCCAUGUUUGCACACGCUGCUGACGUUCCUGACUCGGCGUUCAAGCAACGCGCGAAACAAUUUUUACACGGCAAUAUCCAGCGACGCCGAGACUUUUUGAAUCGACAUCCAUCAUAUCUUAAAGAUGCAAAAUUUCUCUAUGGACUUCUCCCUGAUUUCGUACUUCCCUACCUCAUUUAUCUCUUGGCCCACGACCCACAGUGGUCCCAUCCCUACGAUGUUAACCGGCUGAAUCGAGUUAAAGCUUCUCUUUGGUUCGUUAUGGAACCCGUCGUAACCCGCGGGCACAAUUUCGUUUUUCUUCGCAAGAUCAUUGAGAAAAUCAAACACACACGAGACGCCCUGGCCCCUGAUAAUGCCCUGAUGAAUAUGAAACUGUACAUAACGUGCGAUAUUGCCCUGGGCCUCUUGUUAACUCGUUCUUCCGAUCUAACCAUCAAAGAAUAUCCUGUUGACGUGAAGCUACCAAAGACCUUAUUUUGCGCCGCUCCUUCGGAUUUCAAGAAUCCCGACUUCGCCCAACUAUUGGGUCCGGCGAUUGAACAUACUAGAACUCAUGCCGGAACCAGCAAUGGCGAGACGAUCGGCGUUAGACAGCCGCUGAUACAGUUUACCCCAUCAAAAUCUGCGCGUUUACUAAAGGACGCUCUGAUGCCCGCGGAACUUCUUAAAGAGAGGCGUCAAGGCGCCACUGCUUUGAAGACCUCCGCUGUCGAUUCUACUUCAGUUGACCCAUCACUUCCCCCGAACGCUGGCAAACCUGGUCAUUCCACUGCUAAUGCUUCCCAACUUCCGAGAGAUCGGCAUGUUUUAGAGCCGAAUGAAGUCGAUUCAUCCGCUAUCCUCACUGAUAACGAGAUUCCCCGGUCAAUCGACCUUGACGAAGUGCCAGAUCCAAACUUGACGACUCAGAGCAGUAGUCGAAGUAUUCCCACUACUCAGUCUACAAUUUCGUCUGCUCAAUCGUCCGUCGACAAGCGGACACCGGCUCCGAAACUUGAACCGCAUGCGAUCACCGGAUGUGGCCGCAAGCGAAAGCGCCGACGAUCAUCCGCAGAUGUCACCUUAAAGAAUCUGCUUAAAUCUUCCCCUAAAAAGAGCUCAAAAACUGCAGCGGCUCCGGGUGUUGUGUCAUCGCCAGCGACUAUGCAAUCCAAAAAGAAUGUGAGGAUAAGACAUGCAUCUCAGUCCACCCACCUUAAUACCAGUAUCACAACUGUUUCCCGAAAAACUACACCGGGAAGUAACCUGCCCGGUGUGAAAAAGAACAACCAGCUCAGCGCCGACAAUUCGUCUACACGUCUAUGCUUGCGGAAGUCUGACUCACAACCGUCUGUGAAAAAGCGUGGUCGUACGCCAAUCUCAGCCGAUCCAAAAAGACCCAAACUCGGGGGACCAAGCACCUUGGAAAUCGGUCGUAAGGUCUCUCGGCGGAGUUCACAAUCAAAACCUUCCAGAACCAGCAACAUGACUCGAGGCCGGAAAAAAUGAAAAACUUGAACUCUGCUCCAUGCAUUUGAAGUACAGUCGCUUUUCUGUUCUUAAUCAUCUUCGACACCUUCCACCUUAUUGUACUUAAACAUACUCUAUAUAUGUACAGAUCUGCGUAUUGUUUCAUACCCCGAAACAGUAUCUUUUUAUUUCCAUCAGUUUUAUCUAUCCAUUACGCAAAUAUAAUCUGUAUUAAACCGGC